GGUAUUUAUUUAAUUCGGUAGCGGCUCGCGGUUAGAAUUCGUUAGCUCGUCGUUGACGUGUGUGGGCGGAUAAAUGUCAAAAGUCGAACAGUGAUACGUGAAUACGGAUAAAGGGGCACGAUGACUGUUCACGUGCCAAUCUUACGUCGUGCCGAGGUAUCUCGAAAAGGAGCGUAUCUUAUCGCACUCUCGAAACGCGGAAAACGUUCCACCGUAUCGUUUUCUAUGUCGCGAACGUAACCUCCAAGCGUAUCUGUCUCGGAAUGAGCGAUAUCGGCUAAUUUCCCACUGGCCGUAUCGAACCCGUAUGGGGAUCGGGUGCCAAACAAAAAAGAAGAAGAAGGCUAAUUUCCCUCGUGGAGAACGUUGUUCCUCCGGACGUAGCUUUUAGCUCGAGCAGAAUCGAGAGCGAAUUUACUAACGUAAGGCGGGCUUUACGUUUCCUUUUAUCUGGAACUUUGCUAAAUGCGUGUACCGGUAAUCGAGAACCUCGCUGAACCUUGCUGCAUAUACAUAUAUAAUACGUGACAACGAUAUAUUGGCCGGUCGUUCCCUCAAGAUUCACGUAAAAAUGCAUUUCUCUAUACCGGAUACUCAGGAAUUUCUCGAUGGAGCUGGCAACGCAUAUGUUGGAUAUAAUGUCCAUGUUAAUGGAUUGUUUCAUUGUACCGUGAGGUACAAGCAACUGCACAAUUUACACGUCCAGCUGUCCAAGGAUCUCGACAUCUCCUUGCCUGUGUUUCCUCCAAAAAGGUUCUUCCCGUUGACAGCCAGUCAGCAAGAGGAACGGCGGCUGGCGUUGGAAAAGUACAUUCAGUCGAUCGGCCAGAACGUGGCUGUCAAUAAUUCCGAGAUACUAAAUGGAUUUUUAUUGAGCGCGCAACAGGAAACCAUAGGUGGCCCACUGGAGGAUGAGAUCUUGGAUGUGUUUCUCAUGGAUGGAUCAAAAGUUUCGUUGAACGUCUCGACGGCGGAGCAUUCCGGUGAGGUUUUAAAGAAGGUGUAUAAACAUCUACGAGUGACGGAAAAGUAUCAUUUUUACUUUGCGCUGUUUGUCGUCGUGCAAGAUGAAUUGUCUGGUAGCAUCAAGACGUUGCGCAAGUUGCAAAACUUUGAGUCACCCUUCGUAACGUACAGAUACAUGUGCUCGAUGGGUACGAGGAUCGUUGUGAGAAAGAAUUACUGGAACCCGACGUACGAUCUCGAGUUGUUGGGCGAUCCGGUGACCCUGAAUCUACUGUACGUUCAAACGGUCGCGGAGAUUCGCAGCGGAUCGAUCUCGACUACCGAGCAGGUGCAGUGUCACUUGGAGAAUUUGCAGGAGUCGUGGGACAAGGAACAAUAUUUAAAGGUAGCUCGUUGCUUAAAAUAUUAUGGCUACACGCAAUUUGCACCGUGCUAUUGUGAUUAUCCGCGACAUGGUUCGAGAGUAUUACUUGCUAUAGGUGGAAACGAAUUAAACUUACGCGUUUUGUCAUCUGAAGAGGAGGAGGAGGAGAAGCAGGAGCAGAAGGAGAAGGAGGGAGAAAAGGAAAAGAGACAGAGGAAGCACGAAAUUGUAUUUAAAGUGUCGCGAAUGCGAUGCUGGCGUAUCACUACCACGCAAAGUGAAAUGGAUCGUGGCAAGGAUUUGAAAGACUGCAGUUUGGAACUAUCCUUCGAGUAUCUGAUCGCUAAGAACGAAUUGCAAUGGAUUACGAUCGCUUCGGAGCAGGCGAUUUUCAUGUCCGUCUGCCUGCAAGCCAUGAUCGACGAAUUGUUGCAGAAACGUGUCGUGGGCAUCAGCACAAUUCAGGCGGGAUCAGGAAAAUCUUGGACGUACAUCAUGAGGGACGGUCAGAGUCGCGUCACUAUGGGAUCGCCGUUGCGAGAAUGUGCCAAUAAUGAUCAUCGGCCAAAGCCGGGACCAAUCAUUAAGAAGCUUGCCGAUAAAUGGUCAGCCGUGAAAUCGAAGAGACCCGAUGACUCGAAGGUUGUCGUACACGAGACUCGAACAACGCGCACGAUCGACUUUGAUGUCGUGGAAAAUAACGUUUUCCGCAUGAUAGGGGAUGACGAUCUGUGAAUACUCUCUUUUUUUUCCUUCUCCUAAAAGAUUUCCUUAAAAGAUGUGAGCGUUGCGGGAUCAAUCAUGAGGACAUGGAUUCUAUCGAAACAAAUUUUUCAUGUGCGUGUAUAUAUAUAUUUUUUAACGCUUUACGACUUAUCGAAAUGUUUUUACCAAUUUACAGUUACCUCGUUAAAAUCAGAGAUAGGAGCCGGAUUGUUGUAACUCGAACGAUAUCAAGUGUCACAUCUUGACCAUGUGAUUACGACGCAUUUACGAUUACGACUUUAAUUGAAAAGUUCUUUGGCAGUUGGUGCCAAGAAGUAAAAAGAAGGAAAGAAUUGUUGCACGACCCGUUAACACGCUGCUGUGAAUCAAGUACUUAAUUAUAACGGAAUCGCGUACCAAGGUAGCAUAAUAAACGACAUACAUCGCAACAAAGCACAGGGAUCAAAUGCGUGUCAUAGUUUGCGCAAUGUUUUAUUAUUGUCAAACAAAAUGAUUAAAACUGCAGCAUAUUAAUGUCUGCCUUCGUUAUUAUCUUAAACAAAAAGUAUUAAUAUUUCUCGCUUCAAUGUGUUAAAUAGCAAUCAUUCUAUACGUUAUGUACUAUUAUCGGACUAUAGUUUUCACGCUAAAUUAUUCACUCGAUAAAACAUACUCUUCUGCCUUCAGUCUCUAGAUAUAUUUAGCCAAAAACAACAGAUUGUACGAUACGUAACGAAAUGUGCAAUUGUAACACGUUGUCAUAAAAUUGUCAUGACUAAAUAUCGACAUCAAAAGAAUUAUGCCUUAAAAUGAAAAAAAAUGAGAAAUGAAAACGAAUUACAAAGUGGUGAGAAAUACAUUAUAAUUCUGCUUACAAUGGAGGCUAAUUAUUCAAAAGCUAAAUGACUGAUAAUUCGAUGGGAAAUGCAUUAAUCUGCUUGCUUGUCACGUUUCUGCUGCUGUUUUCUUUAUUUUUUUGUUUUUUGGCUGUUUUGUCUUGUUUACUUUAGCGUGGCUUUGUAAAAAAAAAAGAAAAGCCAGUCGAAAAUGGUACACAUGUUUCGAAAUGAACGAUUUUCACAAAACGGUAGCAAUAGCUGUAAAUAAAAUGUAAAAAUAUAAGACUUACAAAUUA